AUGGCGAGCUCGCCGCCGGCUUCGCCUGGGGGCCACCUUCCCCAGCGGCCCCUCAGCGCCAUCGCCUCCAGGACCGCGCCGAGGAGCCAUAGUCGCAUGAGCACCGGCAGCAAGACGGGAGGCGGUAGCAGAGCUUCUGACGAUGAAAGCCGCACCGCUGUCAAAGUCGUUGUUCGCGUUCGACCACCGCUCAACUCGAACGAUCCUGGCUACGACUUGAUUCCACAACGCUUCCAGCGCUCCACAGUCCAGACUCCAUCAGACACGAACCUGACCAUCGACUCACCCCAGGGCCGCAAGUUGUUCGUCUUCGACCGCGUCUUCGGCCCCGAUGUCAUGCAGGAUGGCAUCUGGGACUACAUUUCCGACUGUGUCGGCGCCUUCAUCCAGGGUUACAACGUCUCGCUGCUCGCAUACGGCCAGUCUGGCGCCGGCAAAUCCUACACUAUGGGCACAUCGGGCCCCAGCGAACAGUACGACACAGAGUUGAUGGGUGUCAUUCCUCGAGCCGCCGCCGCCCUAUUUGAGAAGCUGGACGCGCCCACAUCUAGCCCCAAGACGACGAACCGGAAUUCAAUGUCCCACUUGCGAACUCCACGGGGAUAUGGACAGCAAAACGAUCUCGGCGACCGCAACUGGUCGCUCAAAGCCACCUACGUCGAAAUCUACAACGAGCAGCUGCGUGAUCUCCUCGUCCCCGAGCACACGCCGACCGGCGAGCGUGGAAAUGUCGCCAUUCGCGAAGACGUCAAGGGAAACAUUAUCCUGACCGGCCUGCGCCAGGUUGAGAUAAACUCUGUCGACGAUCUCAUGAACGCCUUAAAUUUUGGCUCCAGCAUUCGCCAGACCGACGCCACCGCCAUCAAUGCUAAGUCAUCACGUUCCCAUGCCGUCUUCUCGCUCCAGCUUGUCCAGCGUAAAAGCAAGGCCACCCCCACACCCGGCGCUGAGAAGCGUUUCUCCGUUCCCCUUGAGGCUAUGACCGGCCAAGAGGUCUCCAUCACCACCGACAGCAAGCUUCACUUUGUCGAUCUCGCAGGUAGUGAGCGUCUGAAGAAUACCGGCGCCCAGGGUGAACGCGCCAAGGAGGGAAUCUCCAUCAACGCAGGUCUUGCUGCCCUUGGCAAGGUUAUUAGCCAGCUCUCCUCUCGCCAGGCCGGAUCACACGUCUCGUACCGCGACUCCCGCUUGACUCGUCUGCUCCAGGACUCAUUGGGUGGUAACGCCAUUACUUAUAUGAUCGCCUGUGUCACUCCCGCCGAAUUCCACCUUAGCGAGACCCUCAAUACUGUGCAGUACGCCCAGCGCGCCCGAGCUAUCCAGUCCAAGCCUCGCAUCCAGCAGAUUGAAGAGGGCGACAAGCAAGCCGUCAUCGACCGUCUCAAGGCCGAGGUUGCCUUCCUGCGAGAGCAGAUUCGCAUCUCCGACCGCGGCGGCUCCAGUCCCCGACGUGCUGCCCCAGGACCCAACAACGAGCGAUCCGAGCGACAAAACGAGCGUGAAGUCGAGUUGCAGAACCAGCUGCUCGACACCCAGGAGAACUACACGGCGCUCAGCCAGCGUCACGCCCGGUUGAUUUCGCAGAUGGCCAGGGCUCGUGAACACGAAUCAGACGAAAACCAACAGCUCGAAGACUCCCUUGGCGACACCGCCACCGAUCGCCUCAACCGCUCCAACUCUUUUGCUCAGGCCGUUGAGCAAGUUGUGCUCGAGUACGAAAAGACCAUCCAGUCCCUGGAGCAGUCCCUGUCCAGUACUCGCGGUACACUGUCCAACACGGAAACCAACUUGCUUGAAAAGGAAACCAAGUGUGCUUACGUAGAGACCAUCAACACCCAGCUUCAAUCCCGCCUACAGAAACUCAUGGAUCGCGAAGCGAGCACGGAGAAUUAUCUCCACGACCUCGAGGCUAAGCUCGACGGUCACACCAGUGGAGAGGAGAAGAACGCCACCAUUAUCCUGGAGCUGCGUAAAGAGAUUGCCCGAGUGAGGGAAAACGAGGCCGCAUGCGAGGACUACAUCUCAACUCUCGAGGAGCGUCUUGCUGAGGCUGACCAGGAUGCCGAGCUGAUGCAGCGUGAAGUUGAUCGACUCGAACAGGUCAUCGAGCGCCAACGAAGUCUUGGCAAGCUCGACUCGUUGCUUCACGAGCUCGACCAGAUCCAGGACGGCAAGGAGAAGGAACCUGAAGCUCAGGUUACUCCUGAACCAACCAACGGCGUCCCCCGCCGCGGCAAGGCCGAACACUCCCGGAGCCAGUCGCACGUGAGUCGUCACAGCCAGAUGGAAGAGCCUAUUCCCGAAGGCGACGAGGAGGGUGCCGAUUCCAAGAUUAGCACCGUCAAGGAGGAGGUCGACGAGGACGCUCCGGCUGAUGGAUCCCAUCUGGAGAAGCCUGACGCUGAUUUUACGCCCCAGAGCCCGGCCCAGUCCAAGUUUGUCAACGACAAGCUAGAGAAUGUGACUCAGGAGCUCUUCGAUCUGCGGGUUGAACACGAGACGACCCUCAACGACUUUGAUUCCCUACAGGCCAAGUACGAGGAGGCCAUGCGCAACCUCGCAGAGCUCCAGGACGCCGUGGACGAGGCUCGCCACCCCAGCCCCAACCGCCCCCGUGAUUCCGUCAUGUCCAUCACCUCGCCGACUGACACCCGCCCCGAGUCCUUCCUUUCUGACGAGAGAUCGAGCGACUUGAAGGACGGACCUCGAUCCUCCUUCUCGCGAUCGCUCUCCUCAGAGCUGUCCUCCGCCAUGGACUCGCCUGCCACCGUGGACUCGUCCAGCGCAGACAUUUCCGAGGAUGACACCAUCACCGCCAAGCCUACUGCCUCGACCGAGGACCUGACCCGGGCCCAGAGCGAACAGUUUGCGGCUGAGCUGAGCCGUCUCAAGACUCUCGCUCAAGAGCGUGAGGCUGCCGAGAAGGAGCUGGCCGAGAAGUACUCACAGCUCGAGUCACAGCAUAGCGAGACUCUUGACAUUGUCGAGGAGCUCAAGACCGACCUGUCCAAGGCCCGCGCCGUUGCCGUCGAGGCCACCUCCCCCAGAACCAGCACCCCCGUCAUCCGCCGCAAGUCCAGCCAGAACCUCAUGAUCAUCGACCGCGCCCACCGCUCGUUUGCCUCCCUGCGAAACAUUGCCACCGAGAACUUUGAGGACAACCACGAGGUGAUGCAGAACUUUGAGCUCAACUUGAACUCUGCCAUGCACGAGUUGCACACGCGCAGUGAGCGCAUCCAGGAGCUUGAGGCUGACGUCGCUUCCGCAAAGAAGGAGAUGGAGACUAAGAUGACCAUCAUUUCGGGCUUGACCCGUGAGCGAUCCAGUCUCAAGGCUAGCCCCAUGGACAUGUCGAUGGUUGCCAACAUGCGAGACCAGCUGGAGCGAAACGAGCAACAGCUUUCAGAAGCAAGGGACGCCCACAACGCCCGCGAGCAAGAGUUGUCGACCGAGCUGGAGUCGCUGCGACAGGCCCUGGAGUCGACCAAGAAUGCCGUGGCACCGCAGGAGGUCGAGGAAGUGAAGCGCUCACACGAAGAGAAGGUUGGCGAGCUGCAGAGGGAGCUUGCCGCCUGGGAGGACAAGCACAAGACUGUUCUCGAGUCAAUGGCCACCGCCGAGACGCAGAUGCGAAGCACGAUCCAGGACCUCGAGGCCCAGGUUGCUUCCGCCUCCAAGCCCGUCCAUUCUGAGCCUAGUGAUGAGUCAAGAGAGGCUGCUAAGAAGCAGGAGGACCUCGUGUCAUUCCUGCGUAGCGAAAUCGACGAGUACAAGGCCAUCAUCAACAGCAACGCCACCAAGGUUGCGGAGCUCGAGAAGGGCCACUCUGCGGUUCGCGCUGAGCUGGAGGCGGCGACCGAGAGGUACAACGCCGAGUUGGAGGAGAUGAAGAAGGCCCAGGGCACCAGGGAGCUCACUCAUGCCCAGAGCAUUGCCGAGGACAACACCCGUCACCAGGAGCUCGUCGCUAAGCUGGAGGAGCAGAUGGCCGCCCACGAGCUGGCCACCAAGAGCCACCAGGAGAGCUUGGAUCUUCUCAAGGCCACCCACGCCAAGGAACUAUUGGAUCUCAAGACCAAUGAGCAGAACGGCUACGAAGAGCAGGUCGAGGUGCUCAUGUCGGAGCACGCCGAGGGGGUCCAGAAGCUCGAGAUGGAGCUUACCGAGGCCCGCGAGGAUCUUAUGAAGGUUGCUACCCAGGUGGCCUUUGCCCUGGGUCUGGAUGUCAGCGUCGAGAAGCUUACCGAGCGCAUCGACGAGCUAGUCUCCGACCAGAAGGCACUGGCCGUAGAGCAGACCAAGCGCGCCGAGAUGGAGACGCACGUCACCGAGCUUACCACCAUCAACGAGACCAUCAUGCGUGACCUCGAGACGGCCAAGACUGCCCUGGCCGAGAUGCUGUCCGACAGCAACAACACCAACACCAAGUCGGCCCCCAUCACUGACCAGGUGUCGAUCCUCAAGAACCGUAUGUCGGAGCUCGACAACCGCAGCAAGAAGAACAGCCGCCUGGUGGAGGAGCUGGAGGAGCAGCUGCAGAACAACUUUGAUGAGGCCCAGAUGACCAACAACCGUCUGAGCACUCUGCAGACGGAGCGCAACGCACAGCUCGACGAGGCCAACUCGGCGCGGAUCCGGCUCCAAGCUGAGCUGGAUUCCGUCCGCGACGAGUAUGCCGUGCUUCAGACCAAGCUCGAGGAGGUUCAGGCUGGCGUCCAGCGAUCCAACUCCAACUCGACGAUCCGAAAGAGCGCGUCCCACACCUCGCUGCCCUCACCACCACCCGCCAUCCCUCUGCCGCCACUACCGACCUCGCCCGUUAACGGCUCGCCUAGCUCACCUACUACCGCCGGCCCUGGCCGACCCGCCAGCAAGGACAACCUGAACAUUUCUCAAAUCACCGAGGACCAGGAAGCCCGCAUCCGCACCAUCGAGAAGCACCUCUACGCCGAGCGCCAGCUGACGCAGACGCUCGAGGAGGCCCUCACGGACUUGGAGAAGCAGACCAACAAGGUCAAGGCCGACUGCGACGCCUGGAAGAAGCGCGCCCAGGAGCUCGAGACGGAGAACAAGGACCUCAAGGAUCGCCCGCCGCCCGAGCCCGUCCACGACAACCGCUGGAGUCUCCAGGCCGUCGAGGAGGAGCGCAAGAAGCGCCAGGCCGCCGAGGCUGCGCGUCGCCAGCUCGAGGAGCGCAUGAAUGCCAUCAACAAGGGCAAGAAGAAGAAGGGAAGCUUGAACUGCUUCUAG